AUGGAAGACCCCCUGGAUCACCUCGAUGAGUUUGAUCGUCUCACCAAGAUCAACGGGGUCAGUGAGGAUGGUUUUAAGCUCCGACUCUUCCCAUUCUCUCUGGGUGACAAAGCGCAUCAAUGGGAGAAAACUCUACCUCAUGGAUCUAUCACCUCCCUGGAACAAUGCAACCAGUCAUUUCUUGCCAAGUUCUUCUCAAACUCCAGAACUGCACGUCUGCGCAAUGAGAUUUCUGGGUUCACUCAGAAGAAUGGUGAAACACUCUGUGAAGCUGGGAGCGCUUCAAAAGUUAUCAGUCUCAGUGUCCCCACCAUGGCUUCAGCAAAGAGUCUCUCCUCAGACGUCUACGAUGGUUGGGAGCUUGUUGAGAAACUAGCCCAAUCUGAUGGCAGCUACAAUGAAGACUAUGAUAGAACCAUCAGGGCAAGCACAGAUCUUGAUGAGAAGUACAAGAAGGAGAUGAAAGCUGUGAAUGAUAAGCUGGACAGACUCUUGAUGAGCCAGCAAAGGAAUGUCCAUUUCGUCUCUGAAGAAUACCCUUUCCAGAUUCCAGAUGGGGAGGGAGAACAUUCGACCACUAACGUUGCAAAUCCACAAGACCAAGUAUAUCCACCUCCACCACAGCAGCAGGGGCAAAACAAGUUAUUUGUGCCUUACAACCAAGGUUAUGUGCCCAAACAACAGUUUCAGCAAGGUUACCAAUCUCCAACUGGACCACCACCAGGAUUCCAACCUCAAAAAGCUCCGCCACCUCAGGCACCAGAUCAUGACAUGAAAAACAUGCUGCAAUAG